AUGCCCGAUGACGCGCUCGGUAAACCGAACAUCAUCGUCAUCCUGGUGGAUGACAUGGGCUACUCGGACAUCGGAUGCUUCGGGUCGGAGAUACGCACGCCCAACCUGGACUCGCUUGCGGCAGGCCGGCUGCGAUUUUCGCAGAUGUACAAUGCGGCGCGCUGCUGCCCCUCCAGGGCCGCACUGCUGACCGGCUUGAACCCGCACCAGGCCGGCGUGGGUCACAUGGUCGCCGAUCUCGGAGUGCCCGAGUACCAGGGCUAUCUGAAGGAGAACGCGGUCACAAUCGCCGAGGCGCUCAAGGCAGACGGCUAUUCCACUUUCAUGUCCCGGCAAGUGUGGGUCACGUGGGCGGCGACUACAUUGGCCGCCGACGAUCUCGUGGACUCCAGCCGCUCCCACGUCUCCAACUCCGACACAGCGCGGUGUUCGACGUACCGCUAUGUCGGCAUCCUGACCGGAGCGGGCAACUUCUAUCCUACGUCCCAAGACCUGAUGGACCAGGACACACUAGUUCCCCUUACCGACCUAGACGAAUUCUACCUGACCGAUGCGAUCAGCGACAACGCGGUGAGCAUGAUCGGCGAGGCGGUAUCUCAGGGACCAAACCCUGUUCUCAGGAUAUUCGCAUGGCCGCUAUACGCCGCCCAGAUCGACCGCAUGGACCAGGGCGUGGGCAGAAUCCUGGAAGCCCUGCGCUCCGGGGGUGUAGUCGACAACACACUCAUCAUGUUCCUGUCGGACAACGGCGGGUGUGCCGAGUUCCUUGCCGAAGACGGCAGCAUGCCCCAACCCGCGAGGUACGGAGGUAUCAAUCCUGACGGCACACCAGUUGUCGUCGGAAACAUCCCCGGACUCCGCCCAGGAGGUCCACAGACCUUCAUGAGCUACGAUUUACCGUGGGCAAACGCCUCCAAUACGCCGUUCCGCCGGUUCAAACGCUGGACGCACGAGGGCGGAAUAUCCACGCCGCUCAUCAUGAGUUGGCCAACGAGGAUUCAAGAGUCCGGCAUCGUGCACUCACCUGUCCACCUCAUCGACAUUAUGCCCACCUGCCUGGAUGCCGCCGGCGCCUCGCACCCAACUGAGCGCGCGGGCCAGCAGACCAUCCCUCUCGAAGGCGAAAGUAUGCUGUCCACUGUCAAUCGCGGGGACUGGGAGCGCGAGAGUCCGAUAAUCUGGGAGCACGAGGGCAGCAGGGCCGUGAGACAGGGGCAGUGGAAGCUCGUGUCCGCGAUAGGCGGCGGCUGGGAACUCUACAACAUGGAACGCGACCGCACGGAGUUGGACGACUUAUACGCUCGAAAUCGCUCCAAGGCCCAGGAGUUGGAGCGAAUCUAUCAAGAGUGGGCCACCGCUGCGGCGUGCUGCCGUGGUCCGUCAUCAGCCCGGACUGGAACCCGAGGAUGCGCGGCCAGAGCGUCCAUCUUUCAGGCUAACGCCCUAUACUGCGCCCCCGAACCGUCGUUUCAGCGGAGGCUGGAACCUGGCGACGAGACCAGGGAGCCCGACACCCGAAGCCUGACACCAACCAUUAAACACUGA